AUGCCUUCCAAAUUCCCUUCGCGUGGAAGUGGGCAGGCUGCUAGGUCAAAAAGCCGGCGCUUCAAUAAUCGCCACGCCCAGUUCUCCGUUUCCUCAAAUAAUUUCACCCACAAUUAUGAAGCUAAAUGUGAGGGAUCGUCAUCUUCCGAUAAUUCGGAGGUGAUGAAUAUCAAUACAGCCAUGUGGGAUCUAGGUCAAUGUGAUCCUAAGCGAUGCAGUGGUAGGAAGUUGGUUCGACUUGGCGUUACCCGUUUACUCAGCCUUCGUGAACCGUUUCAUGGCUUGGUAUUGACCCCCACAGCAUCUCAGUACAUAAAUCCGCAGACAGAUAGAGACAUUGUCGAGCACAGUGGUGUUUGUGUGAUUGAUUGCUCCUGGGCGCGACUAGACGAAACUCCCUUUCACAAACUUAAAUUCCAACACGGUCGUCUCCUUCCUUACCUCCUGGCGGUGAAUCCGGUCAACUAUGGUCGACCUCACAAACUGACUUGUGCAGAAGCCUUUGCAGCAUCUUUGUAUAUUCUUGGCUGGGAAGAAAGUGCGCGUCAUGUACUCUCUCACUUCUCCUGGGGUCCUUCUUUUUUUGAAGUGAACGGGGACCUACUCUCAGCUUAUCAAUCAUGCCUAACGAACACAGAUAUUGCUGAUGUGCAAAAACGAUAUGAAGCGUCAUUGAUGGCCAAGAAAAAUCAUAAAUCGGAAAGCUAUUCCGAAAUGUAUGCUGCCCUUGAUGCAGAACUUGGAUCCGAGUAUGAUGCUCCAAGUUUGGAUGAGGCGGAAGUAACGAAUUCUUGUGAUUUGGUGCCGUUGGUUAACUCCGAUGAAGGCGAAACAAAGUUGUUGCAACCAGUUGAAGUAUUCGAAGAUCUGCCCCUAUCCGAAGAUUCCAAGGCCAAUCUAGACAGGCAAAUGAAGUCAAUAUGUAGUUCGUUUGAGCACGAACAAUUAAAGAAAGAAGCCGGACGUAAUUGGGAUAGAUUUUACAAUCGCAACGGGACCAAAUUUUUCAAGGAUCGGCAUUGGACAAGGAGGGAAUUCGCGGAACUCGCACAGCUUCCAGAGGACGACGAUACACCGAUGACGAUACUAGAAGUUGGCUGUGGAGUUGGAAAUUUUAUCUUCCCUCUCAUCGAAGACUUUUACUCCACGGUUGUAUUUUACGCCUGUGACGUGUCUCCAAAAGCAAUAGCGGAGGUGAAAAAGAACCCCGCCUUCAGCCCCAAGUUCGCCUCUGCAUUUGUGUGCGACUUGUCUGUUGACGGAGCCCUACAAGCAGGCCUCUUAGAGGCCACUACGCCGAAGCUUCUGAGCCUAUCGCACAAUCAACCUCCAGAUUUCCACCUAGUUACACUUAUUUUCGUACUCUCUGCAAUUCAUCCUACAAGUAUGACCGUCUGCCUCAAGAAUGUCGUCAGUGCGUUGAGGCCAGGUGGCAAACUGCUCUUUCGAGAUUAUGGACUUCAUGAUUAUGCGCAAAUCCGAUUCGGCCGCAAAAGCCGCGUCGUUGCUGACCAACCUUUAUACAAACGACAGGAUGGCACUUUUGCGUACUUCUUCUCGAUUACUGAGUUAGCAAACAUGCUGAAAGCUGCGGGUCUCGACGUUAUUAAGUGUUCCUACAUUCACAAAAACACUGUGAACAAGCGUAUAAAUUUUUCAGCAAAGCGAGUGUUCGUUCAGGCGGUUGCUCAAAAACCGGAGCCGAGCAAUCCCACCGAAAGACAAAUAAAUUAG